CUGGGUCUCCUCGCGACCUUGGCCGUCGCCUCCACGAGCGAGGACUUCGGCAUGAGCUACGGCCAGCGCCUCGCGCUGCGCGACGCCGUCGUCGAGAUGCACGGCCACGCGCACCGGGCCUACAUGGCGCACGCGUUCCCGCACGACGAGCUCAUGCCCCUGAGCUGCCAGGGCCGGCGCUGGGACAAGCGGCGGCGCGGCACGCUCGACGACGUGCUCGGCGGCUACCUCAUGACGUUGGUCGACGGCGCGGACACGAUGCUGACGAUCGGCGACUACGAGAGCUUCGCGGCCACGCUGGACGUCAUCGCAGCGACGCUCACCUUCGACCGGGACGUGACCGUGUCGACGUUCGAGGCGUGCAUCCGCGUGCUGGGAGGUCUGCUGUCGGCGCACUACCUCGUGACGGCCGACGCGCUGCGGCCCGCGGUCCUGCGCGCGGCGGCGAACGCGACGGACCCCGCGGCGGCGGUGGACCGCUGGGCGCGGUCCCUGCGGAGCCUGGCAACGGAUUUAGGGCGGCGGUUGCUGCCGGCGUUCGACACGCCGACGGGCAUCCCCGCGCACCGCGUGAACCUGCGACGGGGCGUCGCGACGUCCGAGAGCCGCGAGACGUGCUCCGCGGCCGCGGGGACCAUGCUCCUGGAGAUGUCCAAGCUCAGCGCGUUGACGGGCGACGGGCGCUUCGAGGCCGCGGCGCGGCGCGCGCUCGACGAGCUCUGGCGGCGCCGGUCCAAGGUCACGGACCUCGUCGGGUCGACGGUGCACACGCACACGGGCCAGUGGCUCGCGCCGAACACGGGCGUCGGCGCGGGCGUUGACUCCUACUACGAGUACAUGGUCAAGGCGGCCAUUUUUCUGGAUGACGCGCCGCUGCUGCACCGGGGCCUCGCGGGCGUGCGCGCCGCGCACAACGAGACGUCCUUCCGGGACCCGGCGUCGGCGCUGCUCUGGAACGUCGAGGUCUACCGGGAUUCGGGCCGCUAUUUUGGCCACCGCGUGUCGGCGCUGCAGGCCUUCUGGCCGUCGCUGCUGCUCAUGGCGGGCGACGUCGGCGCGGCGCGCGACACGUUCAAGGCCUACUGGUCCGUGUGGCGCAAGUACAAGUCGCUCCCGGAGCUCUUCGAUCUCUCCAAGAACGACGUGCUGACCUUCGCCAAGGACUCGCCGCUGCGGCCGGAGCUCGCGGAGUCGGCGCUGCAUUUAUAUCUGAAGACGCGCGACGCGCACUUCCUCGUCGUCGGCCGCGAGCUCGUCGCGGCGCUGAACAACAUCUCGCGCGUGCCCUGCGGCUUCGCGUCCAUCGCCGACGCGACGACGCACCGCCUCGACGACCGCAUGGACUCCUACUUCUUCGCGGAGACGCUCAAGUACCUCUUCCUCCUCUUCGAC